GACCUUAUCUCAGCAUUUGUCCAUUGCCAUUCCAAUUAUUUUGUUAUUCGUACUGUUCAAGCGGAUCAGAUAAUUGUUGAUCAAAGCGGUGUCGCCAAGCUUGGUGGCUUAUACCGAGGAACCAAAAAAGACGAUAGGAAAAAGGACGACGAGGACGUUUCCGCCAACCCCUAUGCUGCUCCGGAAAUUUUACUUGGAUCCCCAAAAUUCACGAUGGAGAGCGAUAUUUGGGCACUAGGAUGUCUUCUGGCGCAGCUGCUUUUAAGCAAACCGCUCUUUGUUGGCAAGGAUCGGGUAUCGUUGCUGACUGCACAGUACAAGAUCGUCGGAACCCCUUCAAAAAAGAACUUUCUGGAAGCAGCCAAGUUUCCCUACUAUUUCAAACCAGCUAAAAUGUACAAACGCGGUGUGGAUCGAGCUCUUGGCCACAUGCUAAAGAAUCAGGGUGAAACGCAUACCAAAGCUAUCAAUCUGAUUGCCAGCAUGCUACACUUGGACCCAAGCCAGCGGUGUACAGCGGCUGAAGCACUGGGGCAC